AUGGGGGUUCCUCACAAACAAGAACUGAUUGAUGGAAUACCAGGUGACUCUUCAUUGAAGCAAGCAGUUGUGACUGGGAAGUGGCCAAUAAACAUCAAGUCUAGCUUUAUAGAUGGUUGUACAGAAGCGUUGGUACGCUCCUCCCUCAGUCGAGCCUGCGGGCGGACAAGACCACCCUACUCGCCUGAGGGGGAGGAGCUGAGGGCAUUGUUGGGUCAGGGGGCGCGCGCUAAUCGUGGGGAUGGCAUGUUGCGGGCCCGUCACAACCCUCUGCGCAGCAAAGCCCCCAGCUUGCCGCCCCGCUGCCCCUGCGGGUUCUGGGGGUCCAGCAAGACAAUGAAUCUGUGUUCCAAAUGCUUUGCUGAAAAAAGAAAUCCACACAACGAAAAAGAUUUUCAAAAGAAGCAACCAGAUGAUGAGUCCACUCCCAGCACAAGCAACAGCCAAUCGGAUUUGUUCUCUGGAGAAACAAAUAGCGACAACAGUAAUACCUCUCUAUUGACACAGACUGUUAACUCCAACCAGCAACUUUCGACAGAACUGAAUGUAACUUCGUUGAGCAAAGAGGAAUGUGGGCCAUGCACAGAUACAGCUCAUGUUUCUUUAACCACAGCAACCAAAAGAACUUGUGAUUCAGAUUCACAGGUGGAGAGCGAGGCUUCUCCUGAGAAGCGGCCACGAUUACUGGAGGAUGGUCAUGAUAGACCUGAAGAAAUCAGCCGUUCCAAACAGAAGAGCAGACGCAGGUGUUUCCAGUGCCAAACGAAAUUGGAGCUGGUACAGCAAGAGCUGGGAUCAUGUCGUUGUGGUUAUGUGUUCUGUAUGUUGCAUCGCCUGCCUGAACAGCAUGAUUGCACGUUUGACCACAUGGGACGCGGGCGUGAAGAAGCCAUUAUGAAAAUGGUGAAACUGGACCGGAAAGUUGGGCGAUCGUGCCAGCGCAUUGGCGAGGGCUGCUCCUGAGUGGCAAGACUCUUCAACCAAAUGCUGUUCUCUUAGUUCACUAAUGUUAGCCUUAUUUAGGACAAAGUCAGCCAGACACCUUGUACUGGGCAAGUUUCAGACUACAGCCAAUCAGUUUCCUUUCUUUAGCCAACCAUCCUGGUACUGUAGUUUAGGAGUUAAAUGGUGAUCAACACUGAUUACUGGCUGGUUGUUAAGGUGCCUGCUAGCCACUGUAUUAAAAAAAAAUGAAGACAUAUGUUUGAGCAUGGCUAGUGGAUUUUAACAAAAAUAUAAAGGCUUCUAUUAUUGCAGGAGUCAAGUUCUUACAAACAAGCAAAAAGCCUUACGUUGGGAAGUGUCCAGCAGCUGAGUAGAAACUGAUGUAAAAGACUGCUUAUGUGCAUACCACGCUGGAAGAAAUGACCCUUAUUAGCCUGGCUUUCCUGUCCUUACUUUUAGCUAACCUUGAAGAGGUGAAACUCUGCUUAAAACAAGCAGUGUAGUUGCUAAACCUAGAAGACCUAAACCAUUACUUUUGACAUUUCCAUACAUGUCUUCUGAGGUCAUGCAGCACCACCAACUUCAGGAAAUCUCUUAGGGUAGAAACAGCUUUCUGGGAAGCCGAAAAGAAGGGGACAGAUUCUUAAGACAACUUUUAUAUCAGAUUAAAAUAUCAGAUUACAGGGAAAAUAUUUCUUCACUAAGGUGGAGGAGAAAAUAUUUUACUUUAAAGUUAAUGCUAUUCUGGAACAAGCAGUAACAGCGUGCAUUUUCUACACAGCAUCAACAACAUUUCUUAAGUGGUGUGAUCCAAUUCCAUAUGCCAACCAUAGUUGCUGUUUCCCAUCAGCCAAAAUCUGAUUGGCUCUUGUUUGCCUUUUGCUAAGUGCAGGUAUCUGAUAAUUGAACAAAUAAGGCUAAUUCACAGCACAGUAGCCAUGCCUGGAUUCUACAGACUGACUUUCUGUAGCUAGACAUAUAUUGAGGGGUAAAGGACAUUUUGUAGCAAAUGGAAUUCAGUAACAGUAUUGGGGGAACAACCAGGAAAAUCACCCUUUAUUGAACUGAGUUUGUACGCCUCACUUCCAGUGUAUUAAGGAGAUAAUCAAAUGGGCUGUCCCAGCCUUGUGACUAUGCAGCUUGGUACUCUCAGUGAAGGUCUCUGCUCAUCAGUUGCAAAGCAAGUGACUAUAAAAUGCCUUGCAUAGAAUGGGGACUCUCCAGAUCUGGUCUUUUAGAGCUUCUGUUCUGUACUGGGGUAUGUCAAUUUCAUUGAACUGAACUGCACAUUUUUUGUUGUUGUUGUUUGUUUGUUUUUAAUGUGCAGUGGUUUUCUCUAGCUACAGGCAAAUGUGUCUGUAAGAAAAAAAAACUCAUAUUUAUAAUGGCCUAACGUGGAAUGUUUACCCCACAUACUGGUUAGUGCUCAGCUAGCAAUUUCGAAUUAGGUCUAGUAGGGAGUAGGGAAGGGCUGCUGGAAGAAGGGGAACUGUAUUGUCUCUCAUGUACACAAAUAGAAUACAUUUAAGCCACCAAAAAGAGUGAAUUCCCUCAUAUCACUCUAAAAAAAGGUUGUAGGGGUAGAGCAGCUUAAAUAAGUCACUGACUGCUCUGUAUGUUCUGAAGGUCAAUUACUAGUUUACAGGUUGAUUUGUAUUUAAUCUGGUAGCCAGUAUGGCCAGUGAAGGAGACUCAGCCUUUGCCUAUAUUACAGCAAUGCAAAUUGGUAAUGAAGUCAAUCCACCAUUCUAAAGUUCAAUAUGGAAAAGCCAUUCUGUGUUGUACUCAAGGCUUUGAAAUCAGCAAUGGAAUUUCCAGCUGCAUAUUCUGUUUCCUAAGGAAGUAUUCUCCUUCCAUCGGUAUGUGGAAGAAAUCAGACAAUUUUCUUUGCGUUUGCCAUGAAGAGUUUUAAACAAACAUGGACUUCCGCUGCUGCCACGCUAUGCACUUUCUUCCCUUCUAAAAUCUUAGCAUAGCAUUUGAUGGACAUUCUGAUUGAUAUACAAGACUUGCAGAUUAAUAACAAAGAUGCUGUUUUUCUCUUGUUAAUCUUUCUUUAGCCCUGAUACACGUGCACAGUUGAUUUCAAGGUAUCUCUUGAGCAAACACUACUCAAGUUCAUGUGGAUUAUGGACAAUGUUCACUUUAAAAAGUGUGGGGGUUGUUCCUUUGCAGUAUCUGUUCUGUGAGGUUUGUUAAACGUAAAGAAAGCUUAAGUUCUUGUAAUCUUGAAGAAAUCUUAUUUAACCCUUUUUUGUGUUCUAGAUUUACUUACACAUGUAGCUUAGAGCUCAGUUUUAGUUUAACAUUGUGAAAUAUUAAAAAUGAUUGUAAUUCUUUUUCCUCCUGCUUAAAAGAAACAAAACCAUUAAACAGAUCAGAUUAAAAUUUGAAUUCUUCUCUGAGUUUUGCAGUAGGUAUUGUUCAUCAACUCAGUUGCUGCUAUAUGGCUUGGGGUUCUUUUUAACAAUUGUUUGUGGAAAGUUAGAAGGACGACAAAUACAUUGUUACUGUUCUAUGGACUUCAAAUCAAGGCAUACCCUAAAUACUAAAUUUAGGUUGCCAUUUCUGGCUGAAAAAUCUGGGGUACAAAAGAGCUAAAACUAUGUUUUUUCCCAUAAGAACAAUAUCUGAGCAGUUGUUCAUAUUUAAGUUUGGCAUUUUAUACUUGUGUAAAAAAGAAUCUGAAGAGUGUCAAAAGAUUUCUAAAAAUUUGUAUACCCAGGAGCAAAGCUUAGGCUAUGAACUAGCAUCAUUGUUCUUGCAUAAAUAUCGGUGUGUCUUCUAUAGCAGAUGUUCCUUAAUUCACUUUAACAUCCUUAUCUGAUCUUUCACUCUAUUCAUGAAUUAGUUCAGUUUUCAUGGUUAUUCAGUGUAUAUCUGCAAGAAUUGCAUAAUAAAACUCUGUAAAAAAAAAUCCAAGGAUUUAAAAACUAUAGCAAAUAAACACAAGUAAAGCUUUUACAUUGGGAAUUAAA